GGCAUCAUCAGGCAUAUGCAUUAAACGCUGUUCAGGAAAUCCAGGAAGUAAACAAAUAUGUCAUCAGUCCAGUGAAUAAAGAGUUUGAACAUUAACAGUUUCGUAAAAUAUGGACAGAUUUGCAUGGACAAAUGGACUUCUGGAAAUGAACGAAACCUUAGUAAUCCAGCAACGAGGUGUCAAACUUUAUGAUGGAGAUGAUAAGGCUAAACUAGAUGUCGGAGUUGUGUUGCUGACCACUCAUCGACUGAUUUGGAGGGAUCAUAAAAAUCACGAAUGCUGCAUAGCCCUGUCGCUGUCGCAAAUUAUCUAUUUUGAGGAGCAAGCUGCGGGAAUAGGAAAGAGUGCGAAGAUAGUAAUCCAUUUGUAUCCAGUAAUGGCAAACAAGGAGCCAGGUCCUUACCAACAAAGCAAGUUCCCCUACAUUAAACUUUCCUUCAAAGAGCAUGGGCAAAUCGAGUUCUUCAGACGGCUUACAGAGGAGAUGACUCAGAAACGAUGGGAGACACCAGUUCCACAGACCAUUUCGACGGCAACAGGCUCUCAGCAGACAGGAAAGACGCGGGCGGUGGGAAUCGUUGGCAUCGAGAGGAAGAUCGAGCAGAAAAGGAAGGAAACUGAACAGAAUAUAUCAGAGGCCUUUGAGGACCUCAGCCAGCUGAUGGUGAAGGCUAAGGAGAUGGUAGAGCUGUCCAGGUCCAUAGCCAACAAGAUCAAGGACAAGCAUGGGGACAUCACAGAGGACGAGACGAUCCGGUUCAAGUCGUACCUGCUGAGCAUGGGCAUUGCAAACCCAGUAACCAGGGAAACGCAUGGCUCCGGCACAAACUACCACAUGCAGCUAGCCAAACAGCUGGGAGACAUGCUGCUGGCCCCACUGGAGGAGCGCGGAGGAAUGAUGGCUCUAACGGAAGUUUACUGUCUUGUGAACCGAGCCCGAGGGAUGGAGCUGCUGUCUCCAGAAGAUCUCGUCAACGCAUGCAAGAUGUUUGAGUCCAUGCAGCUUCCACUGAGGCUGCGUGUGUUCGACAGCGGCGUGAUGGUGGUACAGCUGCAGUCUCACAGCGAGGAGGAGAUGAUCGCCUCGGCUCUGGACAAUGUGACAGACAAAGGGUCGCUGACCUCCGAGGAGUUUGCUAAGUUAUUAGGACUGUCCGUGCUGCUGUCCAAAGAGCGGUUGCUCCUGGCUGAGAAGAUGGGUCAUCUAUGCAGAGAUGACUCCGUCGAGGGACUGAGGUUCUACCCAAACCUCUUCUGAUUGGUUUACAGGUGGUAUCACGAUCCACAUCUGCAAAGCUAUUGGCUCAUGUUUUUUCAUGUUGGCCCAGUGUACUUUGAAGAUUUCUGAACAGAUUGCACAGGAAAUAUUGCUAAGGAGAGAAGCUGGUGUCCUAUUGGUUGGACAAGACUAGAGAUGCUGUUAAUACAAAAUUGUCCCUACAGGUGGAAUACGGUAUUAUGGAAUUAUUCAAGAACGUGAAUAUUUUGGAUUCACAAACCAGUUUUAUCUUUCCAUGAGCAGGUUCCUGGACAUGCGCUAUGCUGGGAUACUUUUGUGUUGUCUCACUUCGUUCUGUAAACAUGACCUCAAAAAGUAAUGUCUUCUUCGACACUGUACUCUGUAAUCAUACUGUCGUAUGUCAACAUACGUUCACAGAUGUAGCAUUAUUAAUCCAUGACACAUUGAUGAAACAACAAAACAUUCUCUCUGUGUUAAACUGGUCUUCUGUCGGUGGCUGGUGGCUUCAUUUGUCUAGUUUGGUGUGCAACUUGUAAAGAACCAUGUCCACUCUCUAAUAAAGUCUGGCGUUGUCAUCA